UGCUGGGUGUCUUUUAUAAGUUUUGCGCAAUACAAUCCGGUCCAGCCAGUUGAGCAAGCUGGAUUUGAAGCCAAUUAACACGUGGUUAUUAACUUUAAAAUGGCGUACAGUAAAGAGAAUUUAUUUCUUCUAAGAUUGCCUAAGGAUCAUGCUGAUAGAGUGAGAGAGGCAAUAAGGACAGAUGCUCUCAGAGAUAGGCUACAAAUUGAAUUUUUCAGUGGGCAGAGAUAUGUCAAAGUAAAAUUUGACGAAGACAAUCUUUCGGGAAAACUUCUCGAUUUGCCAUCGAUAAUUGAAGUUCACAAAACUUUAGAUAAACGAACAAUUUAUAAAACCGGUGACAUUAGCCAGAUGGUCGAAUGUACUAAAGAGCAUAUUGAAAUGCCAGAGGAAAGAUUAGAUGAAUUGCCACUCUCAAGACGAAAGGAAAUGGCUAAAAAAUUUACCUCAAAUCACGGGAUUGCGCCUCCUUUAAAGAAUAUCAGGAAAAGAAGAUUUAGGAAAACUGCUCCCAAAAAGUUUAUCGAUUCUCCAGAGAUAGAGAAAGAGCUUAAGAGGCUGCUAAGAGAAGACCUCCAAGCUGUCAAUGUUUCUUAUAAAGUUAUCAAUGAAGAGAACAGACAAGAUGACAAUCAAAGUGUAAUAUCAGGGAAUACCUCUUCUCGUGCCCAUACUCCUGCCUUUCCCCCUGAUGAGGAGAGUAUGACAUCAUCCAGUCUCAAUGAAGAUGUUGCUAAAAGUGAGUUAAUGAAAAUGUUCAAAGAAGUAACUUCGAGCAGUGAAGAUGAAGAGGAAGAAGAAAUAACUGUCGAAGUUACAGAUGAUGAGGGCUCACCUAGUAAUCCUGAGAUUGUUCAGCUCCAUCAAGCAAUUGUGGAUCUUGAUCUUCAGAUUGAGGAACAGAAAAUGAAGAUUGAGACUACAGCUAAUUCAGUAUUAAGAGCAAGAUUUGAGACAUUUUUAUCAGAGCUUGAAAGACAAAGACAAGAGAAAUCAGAAGAAUUACAAAAUAUUUCCUCUUAAUGGAUGAAGCCACCUCUUCCCAUUAAUAUGUACUGUUCCUGCUUGCUGUAUAUAUAUAACGUGUACAUGUGUGUGUGUCUGUCUGUUCUUUCAUCUAAUAAAUGUCAUCAGAACUCUUCAUCAUA